AUGGCAUCCCCGCGGCUGGAGACCUUCUGCUGUCCGAACAGAGACGCAGCGUCCGAGUUUGUGGUCACUUUUCAGCCCACCUUGUUCGGAGCUCUGAGUCUGGGCAGCGCCAGCCUCAGUUUCAUUUUUGCUAUUUUACAAAUUCUGCCAAAACGGAAAGGAUACAGACGACUGGGACAGUAUCCUCUGCCCAGACCUGCUUCUUCCUCCCGUAUCCUCCUCAUCGUCAGCAUAUGUGACAUACUGGGCUGUGCAGGCAUCAUUGUCAGGUCAUCUGUCUGGCUGGGCCUGCCAAACAUCAUUACAGAAAUCUCUGUAACAAACAACACUGAUGUCUGGCCGGAGGUCUUUUGUGUCGGCAGUGCGCUAUGGAUCCAGUUAUUUUUCAGCGCUUCUUUUUGGUGGACCUUUUGUUAUGCUGUGGAUGUCUUCUUGGUGGUGAAAACAUCUGCAGGAAUCAGCACCAUUAUCCUCUACCACAUGAUUACAUGGGGUCUGGCUGUGCUGCUGUGUGUUGAAGGAGUGGCCAUGCUCUACUACCCGUCCAUCUCUGAUUGUGAGCAAGGCCUGGAGCAUGCCAUCCCACACUACGUCACCACAUACGCCCCGAUGGUGCUCGUCCUUGUAGCCAACCCUAUCUUCUUUAACCGGACCAUAUCCGCAGUGACGUCUUUGCUGAAAGGAAGACAAGGAAUCUACACAGAAAAUGAGAGACGGCUGGCCAAUGAGAUCACGAUACGCUUCUUUAAAAUAAUGCUGGUGUUUUUCAUUUGCUGGGUGCCUAACAUCAUCAAUGAGUGCCUCCUCUUCUACCUGGAGGUGCAGGCAGACAUCAACGACAAUGGAUUCAGGAAUAUAAGGAAUGCAGCCCUCAUCACAUGGUUUAUCAUGGGCAUCCUGAACCCCAUGCAGGCUUUCCUCAACACCCUGGCCUUCCACGGCUGGACGGGCUUCGACGUGGACCUCAGCUUGCAGAGGAGGAGGGAGCUGGCCUGGGACUCUGUUUCCACCUCAGCGCCCAAUGCAGCAGGCCAUAAUCCCAUGGUGGGAACCACCCUGCUCUACCAGAGUCACAUCCAGGAAGCAAAGAAAAGCCUGAUGGGUAAUGGGCAGCACAACUCCGACGCCAUCAGUGUCCUCUCAGAAGGUUCAGAGUCUAGUACAGUUGAAAUCCACAUAUCCGGCGAGCUGCGAGACUAUGAGGAUGUAGACGCAGACGGAGAAUCCUUGGAGAACUCUGUGAAGCACUAGCUGAGGGGGGAUCAGCAGCCCGGCUCCCCUCUAUGUUUUCCUGUGUGACAUUGUUCUUUAGUCACUUUUUGUUCCACAUUGUCUCCUCUUAGCCUCUGUUUCCCCGAACAUUAAUGGGCCAUAAGAUUUCAUUAGCUGCUAAGACAGGAUCUAUGUAAUUCUUGAUUCAAAGCAUUUUUAUUUCUUCUUAAGCUUAAAUCUGUCUGCACUGCGGUGAAGCGUAGUGUUAGUUUACAUACCAUCAACUGUGCAGCAGCUUUUAGUAAUCAACAGAACAAAUGUGAUGUUUUCUUAUGAAUAACUCAGAGGCUGACAUUUAAAAGUGUGUGAAGGUAGCAGAUUCACUGUCAUAAAUAAGCUCCAGGAUUGUGUUACACAAAUAACGCUCCCAGUGCACAACAGAAGGUAAUACGGUCAGUGUAUUUUAACAUAUCAGAAAAUCAUAUCAUAAUCAUGA